AUGCUGACUUCCACAGACAACGACAUGAUCAAUGGCACAAAGCUGCUUAAUGUCGCAGGGAUGAGCCGCGGCAAACGGGAUGGCAUUCUUAAGGGCGAGAAAAUACGCUCAGUAGUGAAAAUCGGCGCAAUGCAUCUUAAAGGCGUCUGCGCCAUUGCAGCGCCAUGGUGGUCUAUUUGCAGUUGCCGCAAAAGUGCUUUUUCUGCGUGUUUGCUGCGCUUCUGCAGCCUUUUUUUUGCUUAUAGUAUGUGCAGGAUCCCGUUUGAACGUGCACUUGAGUUUGCAAACAAGGAGCGCAUUACAGACCUGCUUUAUCCUCUAUUUGUGAUGAAUAUUAAGCUAUUUCUUUAUCAUCCAACCAAUUAUGCACGUACAACAGCAGUGAUGGCUGCUGCACAGCAUUUUCAGAUGAUGCAGUUCUCGCAAAACCGGCAUAACCGUCUCACAGAGUUGUCUGGGGCUCUGUCAGGGACUCUAUCAGGGACUCUGGCAGGAACAGUUGAUGCAGCAGCAAUCGGUAUGACACUUGGAACAGUUGUUGGGUCAUCCAGGGUUCUAGGAGCGCCAGGGGCAGUUGAGAUGGCUAAUGAGCCUGUUCUUGCAGACAAAGGACCAUUGACGCCGCCACACAGUGCACCUAUAUUGACACAUACAGACAGCCAUUGGUCCUGUGGCACAGUGACGCCGACACGGCCCUAUUCAGCAGCAGCGCUUCCAGUGACACCAGUGACACCGCCAUAUUAUUUCCGUUCAUGUUCACAAAAUGCAUGUCAUGUAUCCUAUUCAGAACCUCAUUGCCAGUUGUACCAUACAAACUCGGCACACCGUAGACAAGUGUAUGGCACACCAGUGGUGCAGCGGUCUAAACACGAGGAAGAGGUAUGUUCGCAGCGACCGUUGCUUUAUCAAGAAAUGAUGGCGCCACAAUUGCAUGAGCACUCAGUGCAAACCACUCCAACGAUUUCACCAGUUUCGCCUGUAUCGGCAAUUCAAACAGUGCAGACAGUGCCGGGAAAACCAUUUCCACAAUCUCCAGUUGGCCCUGAUUUUCUGCACAAAGAAGAAUUCUAUGAAGCUGCAUUGGCGUCGGCUGUUCAGUCGACUGUUUCUGCAGUUCCGGCAUUAGUACAUCAUACGGCAGAUGAUGCGUCUACGAUUAAUUCACAAUCACCGUAUAGUCAUCAAUCGACGGGUGACUCGCAUGUUUAUCAUUUAUCUAAUGUUACACCGGUGCCUCAUGUAUUGAAUAAGGUUGAUUCGGUGUUAACUCCUUCAAAUACGUGUUCUCUUGUGGCAGGAGUGAAUCAGUGGACAUUGCAGGACGCAUCAAGUCCUUUAUCAUAUUCGAGCCCUCAGGAUGAGGACUCGCUAGUGCAAAUAAAUACAUGGUUGCAGUCUAGACUAUGGAAAGAAGCAUUGCCGUCUAAGAAUUUUUAUCAGAUUGCUGAUACGAAGCAAAAUAUUAAUCGAGUUUUUCGGUCAAAUUCGGUUGACCAUGCACUUAUAUCAUCAAAAUAUGCAAGAGAUAUGGUGAAUCUUUGUCAAAGCGAUAGUAAUUUUCAUUUUGAUACAGAAAAGACUAUUAUGGAAAGCACUCAGAAAAAAGAAUUUACUAGUGCUAAUCAGAGUUAUAUUAAACAGAAUAUGUUGACGUCUUCAGAGCUUAAUCCAAUUUUUUCAAAUUUGUCGGAUUUAAAAACACACCCUGUAUAUUUUUCCGAAACAGCUAAACCUCUUAAACGUCGAAAAACGAUUCAUGAGGAAGUGCCUUCAAUCAGUGGACUAGGAUCAAUGACUCCAAUGUGGGUUUAG